AUGGGAUUCCCUCCUAUCUUCGGCGGCGCCAAGGAUCAGGGCGCUACAUUCCCCAAGCCCAAGGAUGAGCGCCUCGACCCCGCCAUCCUGCCCAACACCGACGGCUAUUUCGGCGAAUACGGAGGCGCCUUCCUCCCCCCGCCGCUCGUCCCGAUAAUCGACGAGAUCAAAGCCAAGUACAAUGAGCUCAAGGAGGACCCUUCGUUCUGGGCCGAGCUCAGGCUCCUCGAGAAGCACUUCACCGGCAGGCCGUCCCCCAUCCUCCACUGCGAGAGGCUCAGCGAGAAGAUCGGCGGCGCGCAGAUUUACCUCAAGCGCGAAGACCUCAACCACACCGGCGCGCACAAGAUCAACCACUGCCUCGGCGAGGCGCUGCUCGCGAAGAAGAUGGGCAAGAAGAAGCUCAUCGCGGAGACGGGCGCGGGCCAGCACGGCGUCGCGCUCGCCACCGCCGCGGCGCUCGUCGGCCUCGAGUGCGACAUCUACAUGGGCGAGGUCGACAUGGCCAAGGAGCGACCCAACGUCGUGCGCAUGAAGAUCCUGGGCGCCAACGUCAUCCCCGCCUCGCACGGGCUCAAGACCCUGAAGGAGGCGGUGGACGCCGCGUUCGGCGCGUACAUGGAGGACCCGGUCACCCAGUUCUACGCCAUCGGAUCCGUCGUCGGUCCGCACCCGUUCCCGGCGAUGGUCCGCGAUUUCCAGUCCGUCGUGGGCCGCGAGGCCAAGGAGCAGUUCAAGGAGCUCACCGGCGGCAAGCUCCCGGAUAACCUCGUGGCGUGCGUCGGCGGCGGCUGCAACGCCAUCGGCCUCUUCACCGCGUUCCUCGGAGACGAGAAGGUCAAGAUGUUCGGCGUGGAACCCUCCGGCACGGACCUCAAGACGGUGGGCAAGCACGCGGCAACGCUCACCCUCGGCACCCCCGGCGUCAUCCACGGGUUCAAGUGCGUCCUCCUCCAGGACGAAGGGGGCGAGCCCGCCGCGGUGAACACCUGCGCGUCCGGUCUGGACUACCCUGGCGUGGGUCCCCAGCACUGCUACCUCAAAGACAUCGGCAGGGUCAAGUACGAGACGGCGACGGACGUCGAGUGCGUCGACGCGUUCAUGUCACUCGCGAGGGACCAGGGCAUUAUCCCCGCGUUGGAGUCGUCUCACGCGGUUGCGUACGCCAUCAAGCUCGCCAAGACGCUGCCCAAGACGGAGACCAUCCUGGUGAACCUCUCCGGCCGCGGCGACAAGGACGUGGACUACGUCGUGGAGAACUUCGGCGCCAAGUACGGCGUGAGCGUGCCCAAGUACGAGAUGCCCAAGGCUGAGGCUGCGCUCUCCGCCGCGUGA